AUGGCGACAGAGCUGAGACGCUUUUGGAAGCUUGGGUCAUUGAGCCGUAUCUGCACCUUCUCCCUUCUAUUUCUGUUUGUGCAUUGUCAUACGUGUAAACAUCAAGUCCCAUCUCCGUCGGAGGUGAGUGUCGUUUAUCGCUUGCUUACCAGUUAUUUUCUCGUAAGGAGCGGUGCAUAGCCGAUGUACUUUGCGUGGGGCGCUCUAGCCAUAUCAGUAGGGGCGUUUCAGGUCGACUGUUAGAAAGUACAGAGUAGGGGGGAUGGGUAUUUUGGGGGCUGGGCCCUGUUGAAAAUGUUACAUUACACAAAGGUUUACUUUUUAAUUUUGUUAUUCAACAUUUAAUUGAAAGCAUGCGAUUACAUUUAUUAUUUACACGAAGAGCGCUGUAUCAAAAUCAUGCUAAUCGUAACACACUUCAAAUUGUUUCUACAUGAUAAUACAGUACUACCGCUACUUUGCUUUCAACAAUAUUUAUUCUUGUAGGUUGUCCAUAAAGUAUACCUGAAGUCUGAAAGAUUAACCAAAAGAAGUUCUGAUUAACAAUUGAAGAUAAAGAUAAUUUAUGAUUCAAGUGUGGAUAAGUAAGUUAAUUUUGUCUCCUACUAUAGAAUAGUCAGAGUUUGUAAUAUAAGUGUGUGCCAGGCUUUACUGUAAGCUGGUUAUUGCAAAUACACGUUGUCUUCUUCCAAAGGUUAACUUCAGACAAAAGAAGACUUGUGAAGGUAUGUUUGUGUGAAUGAGGUCAGAGAUAUUUGCCAUUGACAUACAGGACAAUAUGUCUAUUGUCAUUAUCACAUGAUAAUGUUACCGUUGUGAAGUUUUGUUGCUGCAGGCUAAUAUUAUGUUGUGUAUCCUUUUUAGCUGGUUUAAUAAACACUGCCUUUUCGUUUUCUACAGGAUAAACUUUUUCCACAAGCAAUUGCUUAUCUACAGAAGGCAUUUCAGGUUCGCCGGCAAGCAGGACCUGUAUUACUCAGCAGGUAAAGUUCUCACCUCCCAUCACCCUCCAACACUGUCCAAUAACAUGAUCACCCUCCAACACAGUCCAUUAACAUGAACACCCUCCAACACAGUCCAAUAACAUGUUAUCAUUUCAAGAAGACAAUACAAUAGUUUCAUUUUUGUAAUUAAAAAUUCAGUUGGGGUAGUGAGUGUAGCAUUUAAAAAUGUUUCGAGAUAAUCUAUAUUAUUCAAUAGGCCUUAAACAUUGCAUGCUUCUCAUAUAUUGAAUAUCAAAAGAGCACACUAAGCUAAGCUAUGUCAUUAAUACAAGGAUCGAUCAGUCAGAGGUUCAGUUCAUGCAUCUUUCUCUUGCAUUAUAACGUUCUGUUCAGACAAUGUGUGACCAAUCAGUAUCUGAGGAAGAAAGAUGACCCUCACCGCUACUGCCAGGGAGCAUGUGCAGACAUCACUAAGUGUGGACCCGUCAUUGUUCCUGAGGAUCAUCUGCAGGUCAGUCUACGCCACUGAAAUUGGAACAUGAGGUGUAGUGACGAAGUAGGUUGGUUGAUAGACUAGUUAUUAGUAAUACCUAGUCUCAACUAACCUACUUAGUCAGUGUUGGUCACUGUUAUUGGUCGCUCUUAUUACCAUGUGAUUUCUGGUGAUGAUUUGUUAUUGAUGAAAAAUGGCACGUACAUCGUCAUUAUAGGUGCCAGUCCUUCCACUGUUCCUCAUGUCUUUUGUCCUCAUACAUUGCCCACUACUAUCCACCACCCAUAGGAACAAUGUACCACCAGGCACCUGUGGACCAUUCUGGAUUUAUGGGAUUAGCUAAUGCAGCCUAUGCCAGUUCAGUGAAAUGUGGAUUAUGAUAGGGCUUAGGUUGGAGUGCCUAUUGUCCCACUGUGAGGUUGUGUGCAGAACUGAGGGUGGCCUCACUGACCUGACAGCCUCAAACAAGAUUAGCCCUUCCGGUUCAAGGGUUGUUUAAGGGAGGUGUUGAUUUAAACCACAGUCCAGGAGCUUUUGUCUUCUAAACUACCUCUAUUGCUUGUUACUCACCUUUUUAAGCUUCGCCUUUUUAACCAGUGAUGUUAUUGUUCUUUUAGACAUCUAUUUAAUCACUUUAAAUACAGUAUUAUUUGACUUGGCCUGAAUACAUUAAUUGUUAACCUCCAUGUUUACAUGCUCAACUCUGUUUCCUCUAUAUGUUAUCUACUCACCUGGCUUGCUACCAUUGCCUACUGCUGCUAUCUUCAACAGGUCUCUCUUGUAAAAGAGAUUAUCUCAAUGAGACUAACCAAGAUUAAAUGGAAUGAACUGAAACUGUCCUCGACACGCAUAUGAUCCAACUGUCUGCGUGGGAUUUGAAUUCCAGCCACACCGGUCUUCACACUAUCUUCCUCUGUCUCUCCCUGCUCAUUCCAUUUAGUCCUAGCAAUAAAACUGGAAAAAUACUUAUAUAUAUAUUACCAGAAAAAAAAGCUAAACUGGUAGGCCUAUAGAAAGGUUGGCUGAUGGUGGUCUUGAGUACUGUAGUUUGAUGAUAUUACUGUAUUAUGUCCAUUGUGGAAUUUCCAGAAAUGCAAGGUACAGUAUUUCAGGGCUCACUUGUAGAUUCAGGACUCACCUGUAAAAGUGACAUGGGUCUCAAUGUGACUUUCCUGUUUAAAUAAAGGUUAAAUAAAUAAAAUAAAAAUGCAAUUAUGUGUAUGUGAUUUCCAGCAAUGCAAGGUGUGCAGCGAGACAGGGAGGUCAUGUGGCUCAGCAGGGCCUCCGGACGGGAAGGGGGUGGAGGGGGCUGAUGUUGUCCUCUACGUCAGCGGGGUGACUACAGAACGCUGUGGACAGGAGAAUAUUGUGGCCUAUGCUGCAUACUGUCAACUGGAGUCUGAGCUGGACAGGUAAGCCUCCAACUCUGUACAUUCUUUAAACAUACCUGGUUAACCCUUUGAAUAUAUUUUAGAGGCUUAUGAUGGCAUUUUAGGCUAUUCCAGAUUACCGUAGCACGUGAUUGGGUCUGGUAGGUGACAUGGUAGACCCUGGCCCGUGAAUAGGUCUUUUAACCCAAUGAUAUAAAAAUAAUGUCAGUUUCACUUUCUUUACCUUAUCAGACCCAUUGCUGGAUAUGCCAAUCUGUGCCCCAAUAUGAUAUCCACCCAACCUCAGGAGUUUGAGGGCAUGCUUUCAACCGUCAAACACGAAAUCAUACAUGCCCUGGUGAGUGCAUUGGAAACAAUCUACUUUCUAUUCCUAUUGGGGUGAAGCUAGUCAUGAAUGACCUAAAUAAAUGCCAUAAUGAAUUAAACAUGUCCAACACAGAUUUCAUUAUUGAUUGAGUAAUGUGAUUUUAUUAUUUUGUUUAACGUGUGUCCAACAGGGUUUUUCAGCAGGGCUGUUUGCAUUUUAUCACGAUGAUGAUGGCAAGCCAUUGACACCUCGGUUUGCAAGUGGACUACCAGCAUUCAACGAGAGGUACACUACCAUUCAAAAGUUUGGGGUCACUUAGAAAUGUCCUUGUUUUCCAAAGAAAAGCAAUUUUUUUGUCCAUUAAAAUAACAUCAAAUUGAUCAGAAAUACAGUGUAGACAUUGUUAAUGUUGUAAAUGGCUAUUGUAGCUGGAAACAGCUGAUAAAAAAAAUAAAAUGAAAUAUCUACAUAGGCGUACAGAGGCCCAUUAUCCGCAACCAUCAGUCCUGUGUUCCAAUGGCUCGUUGUGUUUGCUAAUCCAAGUUUAUCAUUUUAAAAUGCUCAUUGAUCAUUAGAAAACCCUUUUGCAAUUAUGUUAGCGCAGCUGAAAACUGUUGUGCUGAUUAAAGAAGCAAUAAAACUGGCCUUCUUGAGACUAGUUGAGUAUCUGGAUCAAAAUGGCCAGAAACAAAUAACUUUCUUCAGAAACUCAUCAGUCUAUUCUUGUUCUGAGAAAUGAAGGCUAUUCCAUGCGAGAAAUUGCCAAGAAACUGAAGAUCUCAUACAACGCUGUGCACUACUCCCUUCAAAGAACAGCGCAAACUGGCUCUAACUAGAAUAGAAAAACCUAGCAAGAGGACAAAUACAUUAGUGUCUAGUUUGAGAAACAGGCGCCUCACAGGUCCUCAACUUGCAGCUUCAUUAAAUAGUACCCUGCAAAACACCAGUCUCAACAUCAACAGUGAAGAGGCGACUCCGGGAUGCUGACCUUCUGGGCAGAGUUGCAAAGAAAAAGCCAUAUCUCAGACUGGCCAAUAAAAAUAAAAGAUUAAGAUGGGCAAAAGAACACAGACACUGGACAGAGGAAGAUUGGGGGAAAAAAGUGUUAUGGACAGACGAGUCGAAGUUUGAGGCGUUCGGAUCACAAAGAAGAACAUUUGUGAGACGCAGACCAAAUGAAAAGAUACUGGAGGAGGGCUUGAUGCCAUCUGUCAAGCAUGGUGGAGGCAAUGCGAUGGUCUGGGGGGUGCUUUGGUGGUGGUAAAGUGGGAGAUUUGUACAGGGUAAAAGGGAUCUUGAAGAAGGAAGGCUAUCACUCCAUUUUGCAACGCCAUGCCAUACCCUGUGGACGGCGCUUGAUUGGAGCCAAUUUCCUCCUACAACAGGACAAUGACCCAAAGCACAGCUCCAAACUAUGCAAUAAUUAUUUAGGGAAGAAGCAGUCAACUGGUAUUCUGUCUAUAAUGGAGUGGCCAGCACAGUCACCGGAUCUCAACCCUAUUGAGCUGUUGUGGGAGCAGCUUGACCGUAUGGUACGUAAGAAGUGCCCAUCAAGCCAAUCCAACUUGUGGGAGGUGCUUCAGGAAGCAUGGGGUGAAAUCUCUUCAGAUUACCUCAACAAAUUGACAACUAGAAUGCCAAAGGUCUGUAAGGCUGUAAUUGCUGCAAAUAGAGGAUUCUUUGACGAAAGCAAAGUUUGAAGGACACAAUUAUUAUUUCUAUAAAAAAUCAUUUCUAACCUUGUCAAUGACUACAUUUCCUAUGCAUUUUGCUAUAUUUCCUAUUCAAACUCAUUUAAUGUAUGUUUUCAUGGAAAACAAAUAAAUGUCUAAGUGACCCCAAACUUUUGAACGGUAGUGUAUGUAUACUUGAUCAUUAUCCUCCACUGUCAGGCUGUGUAUUUUAUAAUGGCGCCUUUUGUAAUAAGCACUAGGCCAAGACGAUAAUAUAAUACUUUUUCUGUUGUGCAUUGUAUGUUUCUAAAAUCAUAUUUCAGUUGAUGUUUGAGAACUUUUGCUUUCUAUUAUAGUUUAGGCCUGUAUCAGUGGAGUGAUGCAGUGAUACGUAAAGUGACUCGAUUAUGGGACAUCCGUGGUGGCAUGAUGGUCCGACAUGAAGUGCAUCUUCUAGUGACACCACGUGUUGUGGUAAAAAUCCUGCUUUUAAGCUCCUCCCUAUUUAAUCAUGUAUUUCAAUGCAUUCGUCAUUGGUAGAUAUGUCCCUUUGUAGAGGCUAUGCUGUGUUGUGCUGUGCCAUUCUCUGCUGUGCUGUUCUGUGCGGCGUUAUGCUAUUGUGUUAUGUUGUACUGCACUGCCCUGCGUUGUCCUGCCCUGUCCUGUAAUGUGGUUAAUGUUUGCGUCCUGUACCCCUGCAUGUGUUUGCAGGAAGAGGCGAGGAGACACUUUGGCUGUCCCAUCCUGGAGGGUAUGGAGCUGGAGAACCAGGGAGGGAUGGGUACUGAGCUGAACCACUGGGAGAAGAGGCUACUAGAGGUAACAGAAGGGCUGCAGUUUGCAUUGUACUGUGCUUAGUUUUUACUGUUAUGUGAAAUGAUUCCUUUCAUUACAGUAUGUGUAGCCUACAUUUGUGUUAUAGCUUUACUUAGCCUACUAGAACUGAUAUAGACCUAACCACACCAUAUCCCUGUAGCUCAGUUGGUAGAGCAUGGCGCUUGCAGCGCCAGGGUUGUGGGUUCAAUUCCCACGUGGGACCUGUAUGGAAAAAAGUAUUAAAAUGUAUGCACUCACUACUGUAAGUCUCUCUGGAUAAGAGCGUCUGCUAAAUGACUGAAAUGUAAAUGUAAUACCCUUUCACUCAGUUUCAUAGUCUGUAUAGCUAUUGUGAAUUCUGCAUUUAUUUUUUAGCAAUAGUUCAUUACUCAUCAGCACAUACACUGAGUGUACAAAGCAUUAGGAACACCUGCCUUUUCCAAGACAUAGACUGACCAGGUGAAUCACAGUGAAUGCUAUGAUCCCUUAUUGAUGUCACCUGUUAAAUCCACUUCAAUCAGUGUAGAUGAAGGGGAGGAGACAGUUUAAGGAAGGAUUUUAAAGCCCUGAGACAAUUGAGACAUGGAUUGUGUGUGUGUUCCAUUCAGAGGGUGAAUGAGCAAGACAAAAUUAUUUAAUUACCUUUGAACGGGGUAUGGUAGUAGGUGCCAGGCGCACCGGUUUGAGUGUGUCAAGAACUGCAACUAUGCUAGGUUUUUCACGCUUAACAGUGUGUAUCAAGAAUGGUCCACCACCAAAGGACAUCCAGCCAACUUGGCACAACUGUGGGAAGCAUUAGAGUCAACAUGGGCCAGCAUCCCUGUGGAAUGCUUGACACCUUGUAGAGUCCAUGCCCCGAGGAAUUGAGGCUGUUCUGAGGGCAAAGGGGGGUGCAACUCAAUAUUAUGAAGGUAUUCCUAAUGUUUUGUACACUCAGUGUAUACGCUCAUAUAGGUUCAUUAUUAAUCUAUCUAUGAUAAUAAGAUGAUUCUCCUGUUUGUAUUGAUAACAGAACGAAGCAAUGACUGGAUCUCACACCCAGAACAGAGUGUUUUCUAGGCUCACCUUGGCCAUCAUGGAAGACACAGGGUAGGGUUUUCUGACCGUUAUAUGGAAUACAAGAAAAUAAUGACUUUGACCUUUUAUGUCAUUUAAAGCGCUUUGACUAUCAAACAACUUGAAGGCUCUUUUUUUCUUGGGAAUGGGUGUCCAUUGGUGUGAUUGAAGGUACUUGACUUUGACAUAAGCUUUGUAUUGAAGUUCAAGAGUUUACCUGACUUGAUGUACAAUGUUUCCCAUCAUCUAUGUCUUCUCUAGUUGGUACAGAGCCAACUACAGCAUGGCAGAGAGGCUGGACUGGGGCAAGGGCCUGGGCUGUGACUUUGUGAUGAAGAGCUGUAAGUUCUGGAUUGAAAGGCAACGUCAGAGGUAAGGGGGUAUCUAAUCAGAGUUUAGGUUUUUUACUAUACACAACUGACUGAAACAUCUAAACGUCUAGGCAUAUGGCAUGCCCCUAAACGAAUUUAAAGUAUUACUAGCCGACACACCGUGUCUCAUAUGGGGCGUUCCAUUUGAUUUCAAUCACUUUUUGACCGCACCCAAUUGAUAUGAACGAAACUUUCUAUACAUAUUUGCCCAUGGUAGAAGUGGUCAGAAAAUAACUUUUUGGACCUGAAUGCCAAAACAUUUAGGAGAUGGAGGUGCUCAAAGUUUACCCAUUUUGCAUACCCCACCAUACCACCAGACUUCAAUUUCUUCAUCACUAGAAAAGAUAAACGGUUGAUAUUGAUAUAAUUUAAAAGCUUAUAAACAGGGUUGUGAAUCUAUUUGCUAAUUUGUUUUACCUUUUAACGUCAAUUAUCUAAAAAGGCAUGAACUCAGAUGUUUUAUGUUUUUGCAUAUGUUGUAGCUUAGACCCUAUUUUACAUAAUCUGAGGUGUUUGUGUUGUGCCUGCCAUCGGUUGAGACACAGUAUGCUUUUGAAUACAGGGUGGGUGUCAUGUUUUGGCUGAUAAAUGUACUAAAAUGGGAAAACUUUCAAAUGGUAACACAAAGAUGGUUGGGGGCCCACACAUCAGAGAAUGUUGACUCGAAUGGAAAUAUCAGUUGUUUUAAAUUAUACUGUCAAUCUUCCAUAGGAAACCUAUUGAAAUCAUAUAAAUAUACACUCACCUGCCAGUUUUAGGUACGCCAAUCUAGUACGGCACAGCGUGAAUUCUUUGGGUAUUGGAUUAUAUAUUUAUUUUUAUUUAUUUUUUCGUCAUAUCCAAUUACGAUCUUGCCUCAUCGCUGCAACUCCCCAACGGGCUCGGGAGAGGCGAAGGUCGAGUCAUGCGUCCUCCGAAACAUGACCUGCCAAACCGCGCUCCUUAACACCCGCCCGCUUAACCCGGAAGCCAGCCGCACCAAUGUGUCGGAGGAAACACUGUUCAACUGACGACCGAAAUCAGCCUGCAGGCGCCCAGCCCGCCACAAGGAGUCGCUAGAGUGCGAUAAGCCAAGUAAAGCCCCGCCCUGGCCAAACCCUCCCCUAACCCGGACAACGCUGGGCCAAUUGUGCGCCGCCCUAUGGGACGGCCGGUUGUGACAUAGCCUGGGAUCGAACCCGGGUCUCUAGUGACGCCUCAAGCACUGCGAUGCAGUGCCUUAGACCGCUGCGCCACUCUGGGAGGCCAAGGGGGGAUUGGAUUCUACAAGGUGUCGGAAACAUUCCACAGGGAUGUUGGUCCAUGCUGUCACGAUGGCAUCACGCAGUUGUUGCAGAUUGGACGGCGGUACAUUCAUGCUGAGAACGACCCAUUCCAUCUCAUCCCAAAGAUGCGCUAUUGGGUUUGGUCAGCAACAAUGUUCAGAUAAAUUAUAAAAUUAUUAUAAAAUUAGAUACGCUGUGGCAUUCAAUCGUUGCUCAAUUGGUAUCAAAGGACCUAACGUGUACUAGGAAAACAUUCCCCACAACAGUACACCACCGCCACCAGCCUGUCCCGUUGACAUCAGGUAGGAUGGGGCCAUGGACUCAUGCUGUUUACGCCAAAUCCUGACUUUGCCAUCAGCAUGACGCAACAGGAACUGGGUGACGUUUUUCCACUCCUCAAUUGUCCAGUGUUGGUGAUCGCGUGCCCACUGGAGACGCUUCUUCUUAUUUUUAGCUGAUAACCCGGCGUGAUCGUCUGCUGCAAUAGCCCAUUCGUGACAAGGAUCAACGAGAGAUGCCGUUCUUCACACCACUGUUGUACUGCGCCAUUAUUUGUUUGUGGCCCGCCUGUUACCUUGCAUUAUUCUUGCCAUUCUCCUUCGACCUCUCUCAUCAACGAGCUGUUUUUGGCCACAGCACUGCCGCUGACUGGAUGCUUUUUUGUUUGUCUCACCAUUCUCGGUAAACGCUAGACACCGUCGUGCUUGAAAAGUCCAGGAGGGCGGCCGUUUCUUAGGGUAUCUAAUAAACUGCUAUCAAUGUUGGGUGGACCGGUGGGCAUCUUUGUGGUAGUAAUUGGAAGUAAAAAUUUCAAUUCAAUUAAAAUGUCAAUGAUGUACCAGCUAAAUUGCAGUGGUCUGAAGGGAUAUGUCUAUUCAAUGACUUCUGUUUCUAUGAUUGAAAUGACACCCACCCUGUAUUCGAGAGAAUUCUGUGUCUCAACCGAUGUCGGGCACAACACAAACACCUCAGAUUAUUUAAAAUAGCAUCUAAGCUACAAUGUAGUUUACGCAUUUUUUGAUAAUUGAUGUUAAAGGUUAAAAUAUUACAUUUGUAAUUUUUUUAAAUCAAGAAAUAUAAAAUAGUUUGACAACCCUGUUUUUAUAAGCUUUUAAAUGAUAUCAAACUCAACCGUUUAUCUUUUCCAGUGAUAAAGAUGUCUCAUGGCAGGGUGGGGAAUGCAAAAUGGAUCAACUUUGAACACAUCUGUCUCCUAAAUGUUUUUGCAUUCAGCUCCCCUGAAGUCCCUUUCUGACCACUUCUACCAUGGGCAAAUAUGUAUGGAAAGUUUUGUUCCAAUCAAAAGGCAUGCGGUCAAAAAGUGACUGAAAUCAAAUGGAACAACCCAUAUGUCAACAUUUCUGUGAACACAAACAUCAAGCCAUUUGAAACUCUAUUAGAAAUUCACUGUAACAACAAUAAAACAACAAUAAAAACAUUUUAAAUGAGAAACUGCGGCUCAACCUGACCCAACCCUCUGAGUUAUUGUUUUUCAGUCGUAAAGUGGUGACCCCUUACUGUGACACAGUGCGGGCCACACCCCUCCAGCUCACCUGCAGGCAGGACCAGCUGGCUGUGGCCGUCUGCAACCUGCAGAAGUACCCUCAGGAUCUGCUCCUGGACUACCAGGUAAAAUGCCAUCCUUCAUAGUCACAAAGCCUAGAAAUCAAGGCUAUGACAAUACACCCAGUGAUAACAACAUGACGCGAGCAAGCGUCUGUGUCAGAAACCUAUUGGACCAUCACAGAGGAUUAGAAGACAAACAAAAAUAUUACAAGUCUAUGACAAGGAUUUACUACUACAAGCACUUGCACCCAAGCAAAGUUUGUACCUGUUAGACAAUAAAGGCAACAAAAACAAAUUUGAAAUGUAAGAUGUUGUUGACCAAUUGUGUCCAGCAUAGUGUAAAGUACACCACAUACAGUACAUCUUUUCCACUUCCUCUCUGACAGUACUUUGACCAUAUCCCUGAAGUCUCUGUGAUGGAUCUGGCCUCCUACGGUGGAGCUGUGGAGAUCGCUGACUACUGUCCCUUCAGCCAGGAAUUCAGCUGGCACCUGAGUGGAGAGUACCAACGCAACUCCUACUGCAGGGUCCAGGAGAACCAGCCCGGUAAUAUCCCUUCCUUUCUUGCGUUGUUGUUGCCUUUUGGUGCCUCAGACCACUGGGCCUUGGUUCAUAUACACUGAGGCUGUUGACACUUGAAGGUUUGCAAAAUUCCGGAAACAUUCCCAGGUUUCCCAGAAAUCCCAGUUGGAGAAUUUUGUUUCAAGAAAGUUUCCAGAAUUUUGCAACCCUACUUACUAGUAGGCUACCUGACACACUGUUUCCAGAUUCGUGGAGGAACUACGGAGCUGAGCAGUAUGGUCCAGACUCAGUGUGUUUGUACCAGAAGACUGCCUUCAUCAUGGAGCAGUGUACCAGGCGCAUGACCUACCCUGACUGGGGAAGUGGCUGCUAUAAGGUAAUGCAGAAUAAGUAACAAUCUUUAGAUAGCUCUGUAAUCUAUGUUUUGUCACUUCAUGCAAGUCUUCAUAAUAACGUUUACCACCUUUAAGUCUCAUGCUAAUAUCAUACAGUGAGGGAAAAAAGUAUUUGAUCCCCUGCUGAUUUUGUACGUUUGCCCACUGACAAAGAAAUGAUCAGUCUAUAAUUUUAAUGGUAGGUUUAUUUGAACAGUGAGAGACAGAAUAACACAAAAGUAAUCCAGAAAAACACAUGUCAAAAAUGUUAUAAAUUGAUUUGCAUUUUAAUAAGGGAAAUAAGUAUUUGACCCCCUCUCAAUCAGAAAGAUUUCUGGCUCCCAGGUGUCUUUUAUACAGGUAACGAGCUGAGAUUAGGAGCACACUCUUAAAGGGAGCAGUGCCGGACGUGUCCCCCUGCUUAAGCCAGUACAUGUCCAGGCCCGUCUGAAGUUUGCUAGAGUGCAUUUGGAUGAUCCAGAAGAGGAUUGGGAGAAUGUCAUAUGGUCAGAUGAAACCAAAAUAUAACUUUUUGGUAAAAACUCAACUCGUCGUGUUUGGAGGACAAAGAAUGCUGAGUUGCAUCCAAAGAACACCAUACCUACUGUGAAGCAUGGGGGUGGAAACAUCAUGCUUUGGGGCUGUUUUUCUGCAAAGGGACCAGGACGACUGAUCCGUGUAAAGGAAAGAAUGAAUGGGGCCAUGUAUCGUGAGAUUUUGAGUGAAAACCUCCUUCCAUCAGCAAGGGCAUUGAAGAUGAAACGUGGCUGGGUCUUUCAGCAUGACAAUGAUCCCAAACACACCGCCCGGGCAACGAAGGAGUGGCUUCGAAAGAAGCAUUUCAAGGUCCUGGAGUGGCCUAGCCAGUCUCCAGAUCUCAACCCCAUAGAAAAUCUUUGGAGGGAGUUGAAAGUCCGAGUUGCCCAGCGACAGCCCCAAAACAUCACUGCUCUAGAGGAGAUCUGCAUGGAGGAAUGGGCCAAAAUACCAGCAACAGUGUGUGAAAACCUUGUGAAGACUUACAGAAAACGUUUGACCUGUGUCAUUGCCAACAAAGGGUAUAUAACAAAGUAUUGAGAAACUUUUGUUAUUGACCAAAUACUUAUUUUCCACCAUACUUAUUUUCCACCAAAUAAAUUCAUUAAAAAUCCUACAAUGUGAUUUUCUGGAUUUUUUUUCUCAUUUAGUCUGUCAUAGUUGACGUGUACCUAUGAUGAAAAUUACAGGCCUCUCUCAUCUUUUAAAGUGGGAGAACUUGCACAAUUGGUGGCUGACUAAAUACUUUUUUUCCCCACUGUAUCCACUUAUCUCAGUAAGAAUGGAAGUGCAACUCUGGCGGUAUUCGAGUAAACAUUAUUAAACAAUUAGUAAUACUGUUGCAGUGCCAAAGAAAUUCAGUUUAUUAGCCUUCAGUUCAUCAGGCUAAAUUCUCAAAAUGUGUCAGGUUGGUGCAUUUACUAUAUGACUGAUAUGGUGGAAGAAUUAUAAUUAGUGAUUGUUCAUGUCAUUACCUUUUUCUUCAAAAAAACCUUGAUAUGUACAGUGAGGGAAAAAAUUAUUUGAUCCCCUGCUGAUUUUGUACGUUUGCCCACUGACAAAGAAAUGAUCAGUCUAUAAUUUUAAUGGUAGGUUUAUUUGAACAGUGAGAGACAGAAUAACAACGUAAAAAUCCAGAAAAACACAUGUCAAAAAUGUUAUAAAUUGAUUUACAUUUUAAUGAGGGAAAUAAGUAUUUGAUCCCCUCUCAAUCAGAAAGAUUUCUAGCUCCCAGGUGUCUUUUUAUAGAGGUAACGAGCUGAGAUUAGGAGCACACUCUUAAAGGGAGUGCUCCUAAUCUCAGCUUGUUACCUGUAUAAAAGACACCUGUCCACAGAAGCAAUCAAUCAAUCAAUCAGAUUCCAAACUCUCCACCAUGGCCAAGACCAAAGAGCUCUCCAAGGAUGUCAGGGACAAGAUUGUAGACCUACACAAGGCUGGAAUGGGCUACAAGACCAUCGCCAAGCAGCUUGGUGAGAAGGUGACAACAGUUGGUGCGAUUAUUCGCAAAUGGAAGAAACACAAAAGAACUGUCAAUCUCCCUCGGCCUGGGGCUCCAUGCAGGAUCUCACCUCGUGGAGUUGCAAUGAUCAUGAGAACGGUGAGGAAUCAGCCCAGAUCUACACGGGAGGAUCUUGUCAAUGAUCUCAAGGCAGCUGGGACCAUAGUCACCAAGAAAACAAUUGGUAACACACUACGCCGUGAAGGACUGAAAUCCUGCAGCGCCGGCAAGGUCCCCCUGCUCAAGAAAGCACAUAUACAUGCCCGUCUGAAGUUUGCCAAUGAACAUCUGAAUGAUUCAGAGGAGAACUGGGUGAAAGUGUUGUGGUCAGAUGAGACAGAAAUUGAGCUCUUUGGCAUCAACUCAACUCGCCGUGUUUGGAGGAGGAGGAAUGCUGCCUAUGACCCCAAGAACACCAUCCCCACCGUCAAACAUGGAGGUGGAAACAUUAUGCUUUGGGGGUGUUUUUCUGCUAAGGGGACAGGACAACUUCACUGCAUCAAAGGGACCAUGGACGGGGCCAUGUACCGUCAAAUCUUGGGUGAGAACCUCCUUCCCUCAGCCAAGGCAUUGAAAAUGGGUCGUGGAUGGGUAUUCCAGCAUGACAAUGACCCAAAACACACGGCCAAGGCAACAAAGGAGUGGCUCAAGAAGAAGCACAUUAAGGUCCUGGAGUGGCCUAGCCAGUCUCCAGACCUUAAUCCCAUAGAAAAUCUGUGGAGGGAGCUGAAGGUUUGAGUUGCCAAACGUCAGCCUCGAAACCUUAAUGACUUGGAGAAGAUCUGCAAAGAGGAGUGGGACAAAAGCCCUCCUGAGAUGUGUGCAAACCUGGUGGCCAACUACAAGAUACGUCUGACCUCUGUGAUUGCCAACAAGGGUUUUGCCACCAAGUACUAAGUCAUGUUUUGCAGAGGGGUCAAAACUUAUUUCCCUCAUUAAAAUGCAAAUCAAUUUAUAAAAUUUUUGACAUGCGUUUUUCUGGAUUUCUUUGUUGUUAUUCUGUCUCUCACUGUUCAAAUAAACCUACCAUUAAAAUUAUAGACUGAUCAUUUCUUUGUCAGUGGGCAAACGUACAAAAUCAGCAGGGGAUCAAAUACUUUUUUUCCUCACUGUAUGAUCUUACAGAAUCACAAAUUCAGUUCAACAUAAUUUUUGUGUUGUGGGUUAAGGUAACCCUAUUAUAGAUGUGUGACAGGCAGAUAUUUACAUUUUGAAGUGACCCAUUCAAAAAAACAAAAUACUUAAAUGUUAUAUUGUGGUUGUUUCCAGAUGUCUUGCUCUACUCAGGGUCUGACAGUGUGGGUGCAGGACACUGCAUACCAGUGUGUGCGUACGGGUCAGCUGCUGAGCGUCAGCGUGCGUAUUAAUGACUGGGUCUACAAUGGGGUUCUCGUCUGUCCUGCCUGCUCAGACUUCUGUAGCGCCUGCCCUCUACCACAACAGCCCCCCCCCCUCAAUACCACCAGUAGAGUUCCUAUUGGUGAGUUCCCCUGCCUGUCUUUCCUACCAUGGCCUUUCCACAUACAUGCACACACAUAGGCGCACACUCACAUUAUAUAACUAGAUACAUUAUAUAGACCUCUUGGUACUAAGGAAGUGUUUUGCCUCUCUUCCAGACCCUUGCUCCAGUUCCUCCAGCUUAGUGGUACCUCUGUGGCUUCAACUGUUCAACUUCAUCCCUCUGCUAGCUGAAUUUAUCCUGUGUGUGUGGAACUGA